AUGACCGAUUUAAACGAAGAGUUGCCUAUUCAGACACCAAGUAAGCCUGUAUCAAGGAUGCCUUCCAAAGUUCAUGACAAUCAUAGCAAUAUGGAAGAAAUGAUGGAUUGUGAGUCAACGUUGGCAGCAGACUCACAAGAGCCAGAGAGGAAUGAAGUCGACACAGCCAUGACAUCAAAGGAUAGACAUUUGGAUAUCAUUGCGAUGGAUGUUAACAAUACUAUCCAAGAGCUCAAUAAGAUAUACAACCAAAUAGGGUAUUCGACAACAGAAAUAUCCAUAAAGAAGUCGGAAAUAUUUACUGUAAUUGAAGAUACUAUAAGCAAUUUUACGUCUAGUUUACAACGGGAGAAGAAUAAUAUUGAAAAUGAAUGUGAAUGGUUACGACAACAGAUACGAAUAAUAUUAGCCAUGGUGAAUGACAACAACGGAGAAAAAGCUCUAUCAUUAACAGAAAGAGGAAUAGUAUUCAGUAAUAGAACAAUGUACGAACAAGGAUAUAAGGAUGAUAUACUAACUAAGUUGGCCAAUAUACAAAAUAGAAAACAGAAUUUCUACGCAAAUUCUCCCUUCAAUAUUACUUCUACCGGGAUACCACAGACGGAUUUCUCAUUCGAAAGUCAAUAUGAGUAUAUGCUUAACAAUAUCCCUGAGUUAUCGUUAUUACAACUCAAGAAUAAGUUGAAUUCUACCUUCCUAGAAGUUUUGAAGAUAUUUAUUAGGUGUUUUAAGAAACUAAAUGAUCAUACAAUCACAUAUCUCGAUUUUCAUGACGCUAUAGGCGAGUAUUAUUCGCCAGACGCCAAAGUUAUGAUACUAAAGACUUUGCCAAGCAGGGAAGAGGCAGAGCAACAUAAGGUAUUGAUAGAACAAUUCGAGUCGACUAUUAAAUAUCUCAAAUUAUCAAAGAAGGAUUCUAAGGUUGAACCAAUAAUGAAUUUAAAGAGUAAGAAUGGUGAUGAGUUUGCAGUAAUCAUAUCUAGUCCUCGCAAAGCGGAUGCAAAAACCAAUAAUACAUCCCUGAGUACGGGCAAUAACCAGAAUGAAAAUACGGAAUCAGGUACUGAGAACCCGAUGAACCAAUUACGAGAUUUGAACUAUAAAAUUGUACGAGUAAUACGAAGUUUGAAGUUUACAAAAAUUACUAAUGAAUUCUUGUCUAACAUCCAGACAGAAAUAGAACACUGUGAAAUUGAAUUUAACGAUAGAAACGAUCAAAUGAAAGCGAUAAUUAAUAAGUGCUUUGAACAUAUAAAUAUUUUGAAUUUAAAUGAAGAACAAGUUAUUAAUAUCCAAAAGCAAUACGAUAUAACCGAUAGUAAAAAUGGUUCAGCAGGAAACGAUGGCUACUUUGAUAUAGAGACUCUCAGAUUCAUACAGACUAACCCGAAAGAAUUUGGUCUUAAUGAUAACCAUUUAAAUUUCGUGGGGAAAUUCGCUGAUAUAUUGCAAAAGAUUAGGGAUGCCAAACAAAUGAAAUGGGAUUACUAUUUAACAUCAUGCAAGUCCUUAUGGACUAAACUAGGAGAAAGUAAUGAGUAUAUUUCUACUUUCUUAAAUGCAAAUAGUUCCUUGACAGAUAUUUCAUUGAUGAAUUUCAAAAUGGAAUUAAAUAGAUUAUACAUGAGGCGGUCCGAAUUCAUCGAGAAUUUCAUAAUCGACAGCAGGAUGGAGAUUGAGGAGUUAUGGAAUAAAAUGUAUUUCGCUGAUGAUCAGAAGAAAUGCUUUAAGCACUAUAACUAUGAUGUUAAUGAUGAUGAUUUAGACAAGGAAACUGUUUUGAAUGAACAUGAAGUAGAAUUGUCCAGAUUAAAAAAGGAAUAUGAAUCGAAAGAACACAUUUUAAAAAUGUAUACCCAGUUGAAUGAUUUGGUCAAGGAUCAAAAUUUCUUGAAGGAUUCUUCUAAAGAUUCUUCUAGAUUAUUAAGUAAGAAUUCGUGCAAAAUAUUACUCAAUGAAGAAAAGAUAAGAAAAAGAAUAAUCAAGAAUAUGCCGAAAUUGGUAGAUGGUUUGAAAGCUGAUGUUAUUAAGUAUAAUCACGAACAAUUAAGUUCUGGCAGUAAACCAUUUACAAUAAAUGGGGAAGACUUUUUCGAGAAGCUAUUGAUUAUUGAAUCUGAACAACUGAACCAAGGAACCAAUCGAAACUCAAGGAAUAAAUUCCGUAAUAAUACAUCGGAGUCCCCAAAAAAGAUCAGCAACAACCCUAAGUCUUCGCCAUUAAAAUCUACAGGUAGAUCGCCUAUAAUCCAGGCCAGGGGUGGAUCAACUACAAGUUCUGUGAAUAGAACUAGGGGGCCUUCACCUUACGCAAGAAAAUCCCCAUUAAGAGUAUCACCCUUGAGAAAUCAACAAGCAAUCAAAAAGCCAAUCAAUAAGCAUACUAAAGCGGCUCCACCAAAGUCAUUCACAACAAUUCACCAGAAUAGCAAGUUUGCAAAUGCUAUAAAUUUGAGCUUAAGUAGUCACAGUGAUUCAACAUCUAGUUCAAGUCUCGAGAGUCCAAUUAGGACAGCUUCAAGAACGAAUUCAAAUAUGACCAAAUUUAUGGAUGCACGCUUACAACCAUUGAAUUCACCUUUGACUUUCAACAACGACGAGACAAUUCGAAUCUUCCAUGACAAUGAUGACAUAACUAACCAUUCACACAUUUCUAGAUUAUCUCCAUUAAGAUUCAAUACCUCAUUGAAUAUUGAUAAUGGUGUUAACAAUAAAUCAGAAAAAGUCGAUUUUACACCAAUACAAAAAUAUGGAUUUAUUGAUAGUUCUUAUAUUGAUGAUAGAAAAAAAAAGGAUGUGAGGGUAAAUAAAUAUGCCUUAUCCCCCAUUAAGGUUAUAGCGAUCGAUGACGAUAAAGAAAACGAGGAUACGAAUGCAAUGACAUCAAAGAAUAUGACUUGCGAUAGUUCUACAAUUAUUGGGGAUGACUACCAAGCAUGGAGAGACGAAAGAAUACGACAACUAAAUAGUUUAACUUAG